CACGCUCCCGGCCUCACCGCCUCCCUCCCCUCCGAUCUCCUCCUCCUCGUUGUCUUUGACUCUGCCCUCUCCCGUAACGACACAUCAGCAGCCAACUUCACCGGCUUUGCUGCCGAAGCCCCAGGCGGUGCUGAGCUGGCAUUUGUCGAUGCCACGCUGUCAGGCGCGCCCGCUGAGCUGGCAUUCGACCCGGAUUUUAUAGCAAAACCUGGCGCGUUCCUGGGCAAACCGGAGGCGGCGGAUGGGCAGGAGAUUAAAGACGGGAGCGCGGUUCGGGGGAUAGUGACGGGCGCCAUAGUAGGCAGCUUCGAGGAUGUGCGGUUCAAAUCGGAAGAAAAGGAGAAGGAGAAUGCGAAGGCGGAGAGGGGUGUGAAGGAGUUGCAAGUGGUGGGGCUGGGUGACGCGGAGUCCCUCCAGAGGGACGUGUUCGAGGCGGAGAGGCUGGCGGCGGGAAUUAUCCUCACCAAGCAGCUCGUCAACGCGCCGCCCAAUGUGCUCACGCCAGCUGUCCUUGCUGACGUGGCGGUGAAUCUGACUGCCGCCCACGCGGACGUGCUGAAUGCGCGCAUUUUGGAAAAGGACGAGUGUGCCGCCCUGGGCAUGGGGUCGUACCUGGCAGUGGCGGAGGCAUCAGCGGCGGACAACCCGCCCAAGUUCAUCCACGUCACGUACACGCCGCCUGCUGCUGCGGAUG